CAGCCUGUUCAGGAAGGAAGAACCCCUGCAAAGCAGCCGGGCCAGACUCUGUCUCUCCAUCCGCCCUGAAGCACUGUGCUGAUCAGCUGUCUCUGCUGUUUACUGACAUCUUUAACACCUCACUGGCUUCAAAUCCUCCACCAUCAUCCCCGUCCCCAAAAAACCAAGGAUCACAGGACUUAACGACUACAGACCCGUCGCCCUGACCUCUGUGGUAAUGAAGUCUUUUGAGCUCCUACCUCAAACCCAUCACAGACCCACUCCUGGACCCCCUGCAGUUCGCCUACAGAGCCAACAGGUCUGUAGACGAUGCAGUAAACAUGGCCCUCCGCUUCAUCCUCCAGCACCUGGACUCCUCAGGAACCUGGACUCCUCCAGCACCUGGACUCCUCAGGAACCUGGACUCCUCAGGAACCUACGCCAAAAUCCUGUUUGUGGAUUUCAGCUCCGCCUUCAACACCAUCAUCCUGACUCUGCUGCACAACAGGCUCUCCCAGCUGAGUGCACCUGUCUCCACCUGCAGGUGGAUCACAGACUUCCUGUCCGACAGCAGGCAGCAUGUGAGGUUGGGGAAACAUGUCUCUGACUCCCAGUCCAUCAGAACCAGUUCCCCUCAAGGCUGCGUCCUUUCCCCUCUGCUCUUCUCCCUGUACACCAGUAGCUGCACCUCCAGUCACCAGUCCGUCAAGCUCCUGAAGUUUGCGGAUGACACCACCCUCAUUAACCUCAUUGGUGGGGAUGAGUCCGGCUACAGGUGGGAGACUGAUCACCUGGUGACUGGUGCAGUUAGAACAACCUGGAGCUCAACGCUCUCAAGACAGCGGAGAUGGUUGUGGAUCACAGGAAGAACCCAGCCCCACCCGCCCCAUCACCCAGUGAGACUCCCCUGUGGAGUCCUUCUGCUUCCUGGGCAACAUCAUCACCUGGGACCUCAGGUGGGAGCUGAGCACCAGCGAGGGGGGGAGGGGUCACUGUCUGCAGCGGCCUCAUAACCCCCGUUACAGUAAUACUGUAAACUUUUGCACAUUCACAUGUAAAUAUGUUGCACACACUCUAAUUUAGGUAACAUAUCGUCAUAUUGUAAAUAUUCUUUAUUAUUAUUUUCUGAUAAUGUUCUUUGAUAUCUUACCGUCAGUUUUAUAGUUACGCUUCUCGACCUGCAGGUCUUACUUCAUGUUUCUUUAUAUUUCUGUUUGUAAGUCCUCGUGUGGACCUAAAGUCCUCUGAAGUGAUGGAAACAUGGCUGAGUGUGAGUUCAGUCCAUUGACCUCUGUGAUCGAUCUGAUUAACAUUUAUUGAUUACCCGCAUCAGAAACAUGACAUCACUUCCUUUUUCGGGGUCAAGACAUUUUGUUGAACGGAAACAUAAUGCGACCGUUUCACACCUGGAAGUAUUUAUUUAUGACAUCACAUAGUUUAGAGCCAAUCAGCGUCCAGUAUGAAACAUCUGCGUUCGGCUGUUAAACUUUACAGUAUUUACACAUCAGAGACUCUGUGGGAGAAAAUACUUUCAUAACGUUUAACUUGGCUGCAGAAACGAUGAGAAGAGUUGUGUUUGUGUAGUUUGCAUUUGGGAAACCUGCUUAAGGUGUUAAACUGAUCUUUUAACCUCGCUGAGUGAAAUGAGAUGAAUAAACAUGUUUUUAUUGAAUUAUUGAUGAACCUACAGACAUGUGACACAAACAACAGUCCUGCAUCAUCUUUACAUAAUUUAUUGAUCGUCAGUGAAAACUAAUCGUUACUGCAGCAGAUUGAAGUGUGCGGAGUUUUGUUUUGAAAAUCCCUAACAGGAAGUGUUUCGUGUUGACUCAGAGCUGCUGCUCCAGCGUCAGACCGGAAGUCCACGUCAGAACUCAGACCAGAACCGAAGACAAACUGAGUCAAACCCGAACCGCGUCCGUUCAAAAGUUAAACUUCUCUGUUCUUUUGGACACAAAAUGGCGGACGAGGCCACGCGCAGGGCCGUGUCGCAGAUCCCUCUGCUGAAGACGCACGCGGGGCCGCGAGACCGCGCGCUGUGGCCGCAGCGGCUGAAGGAGGAGUACCAGGCGCUGAUCCACUUCGUGGAGCAGAACAAGGCGGCCGACAACGACUGGUUCCGCCUCGAGUCCAACGCGGACGGCACGCGCUGGACCGGCACGUGCUGGUUCAUUCACGAGCUGCUGCGCUACGAGUUCCGGCUGGAGUUCGACAUCCCGGUGACUUACCCGGACACCGCGCCCGAGGUGGCGGUCCCGGAGCUGGACGGGAAAACCGCCAAGAUGUACCGCGGGGGGAGGAUCUGCCUGACCGAGCACUUCGCGCCACUGUGGGCCCGCAACGCGCCGCGCUUCGGCCUGGCGCACCUGAUGGCGCUGGGACUCGGACCGUGGCUCGCCGUGGAGGUCCCGGACCUGAUCAGCAAGGGGCUGGUGGUCCACAAAGAGCGGCAGCGCGAGGCGGCGGCGGAGUGACGUCACCGGACGAAACGUUGAAGACUGAAAAACUGAGCACGUGGACCCGAAACCGUUUCAGCUAAAGUUUAGUUCAGAGUAAAAAUGAUAAAAAAAUGAAUAGAGUCUGGUGAAGAGGUCACUUUCAUGGAGAUCUGACUGGAAAUAUUCAGAGAAAAUGUAAAUUAUUUUAUAUGGGGGGGGGUUAUUAAUCCAUAUAUAUAUAUAUAUAUAUAUAUAUAUAUAUAUAUAUAUAUAUAUGGAUUAAUACAUUUUCACUGUGUUGGUGUUUUACACACACAUGCAUUAAUAAUGCAUUAAUGUAUGGAGGGGAUGGAGGUGUGAGGGUGGGGGCUGCCUCAUAGGAUGGCGCUAGAAAAAAGAGCUGAAAUAAACAGAUGACAUUGUUUUUUAAUUAUAAUUAUUUUAUAAUAUAAUUAUAAUAUUUAUGUCAGUUUGGUUGGUGAAGAGCAGCAGAGGGAAAACAGAAAAAUGUUCUGAGGUUUGAUUUCAGGACAAAAUGGGAAAUAAAGCAUUUGAUGAACAA